GAUGAGUCUAAUCAUGUUUUUCUGAUAGCUGGAUAUCCAAAAUAUAAAUGUCCUUAUGUUUGGUUGAGAUCAAACCAUAAGCAAUUAAUUCAACUCCAAGAUGAUCAAAGAUUGGAAACGGACAAUCCUUUAAAACUUGACACCAUAGAAGCUUGGAAAAAUCAAGAUAUAAAGCUUUGGGACAUAGUUGCAGAGGUGAUGACAAUAAGCCUUACGCCACUGGCACCAGAAAAUCCGUUUGAGGUUGACCACUCAUAUUAUGACACAUUGCCACUAGAAGAAUGUGUAGUAAGAACAGGGGCGAUGGUCUAUUUUCUUCAAAAUGUUUACUUAAAAGAUACCACGUAUGCCGAUAAAAUAUUUGAAGAUAUCAAAUUGUUACAACAAAGGCACUUUGCAUCGUUCGAAGAAUUAAACUGGGC